CAUGAUUGACUUUAUGAAGGCGGCUGGCGCUGAGUCAUCGACAGGUGCCUCCAAGGCUAAAGUGAACACCCCUGAGCGUUCAUACAACACAGAGAAAUAUAAAUUACUCUUAGUAACAGUAGCUACAAGUUGGUCCGCUAGUGUGUUGAUGUGUGUAUUCCACUUGGCACUGUGUAUUCGGUUGAUUAACAAGCGUUGUGAAUCGAGUGUAAUUCAAUUCAACGCAAGGUGUGCCGGAUAUCUACUUAUCUUCGGUUGCUGCAAAUCGCUCUGUGCGACUCUCGUUGGCCCUUUGAGAGUGAUUCACGGCAUAUUACACCGCGAUGUAACGGUGUUUAGAAAGGGUGCUAAUCCUUUGGCACUUUUUGUUGUUUUUGGGACUGUAGCAUCCGGUAUCGCACUUCUCUUAAUGCCUCUCCGGGGCUUCUACGUAUGCCUCGGCGCCUUGGCGUGUAAAAAAUACUCUAGAGCGGAAUACGUAUCGACAGUGGCUACGUCGUGCAUGGACAGUUUUAUAACGUGCGCCAUAUUCUGGUCGCUUGUACGCGGCCGUGACAUGGAUUUGUUAGACAAAAACAACAAAUUGAAUCGCAAGGCUUUACAGUCCAACAAACCACAGCAUGGCUUUGUGUAGACAUUAUCACAAUC